AUGACUGGCAUACUUGUUUUUUUGAUAAAUAAAGUAUUCCUUAUCAUAAAAAUCAGUAUUACUUAUGGAAAAUGUGGUAAUUUUAAAGAUUGUUCUUCUUGUGCUGAUGGUUAUGAAGGAUUAAUAAAAUGUCAAUGGUGUGCCGGUGAUAAUUCAUGCCAUAAUAGUUUACAAACAGAUUGUAAACCUAUUAAUUUAAUUACUCAUUCUUUUGACUGUCCACGUCCAGUUCCAAAUGGUUAUGAUUAUAGUGAUGAUUUUGGAAGAAAUACAGUUUUACCACUUAUUGCAGCAACAAAUAAUGAUGGAAUUGAUAUUAAAGUUUGCUUACAAAACAAUUUUAAAAAUAUUACUUUUAUUAAACAAUAUACAACUAAAUGUGAUAAUGAUGGUGAUACAUGUAGUUCUUAUUUAGCUGUUGAUAAUAUUAAUAAAACUAUAAUAGCUGCAUUUAGAGGAUCAAAAGGAUUUAUCCAAUUAUUAUUAGAGGGUGAAGAUUUUUUAUUUAAUGAAUUAAAAACAUUUACAUUAACAGGUGGUAAAGUUGAUAAAUAUUUUUAUAACGGGUUUUAUGGUUUAUGGAAUUCAGGAAUGGAGAGUGAUCUUCAUAAACUUAUUGUUGAAUAUCCAUAUCAUCAACUUUUAGCUGUUGGGCAUUCUUUAGGUGGUUCUAUGGCAUCAAUGGCAGCAGCAUAUUGUGUUAAAAAAAAAUAUUUUACCACAGAAACUGUUAAAUUAGUUACUUUUGGUGAACCAAGAACAGGAGAUAUUGCUUUUGCAGAAGGGCAUGAUAGUCUUGUUAAAUAUACAUACAGAAUAAUUCAUAAUCAUGAUCUUAUUCCUCAUUUACCUCCCAGAGUAUUUGAUAAUUUAUUUGAUUCACCAUUCCAUCAUAGAUAUGAAGUUUGGUAUGAAAAUGAUAUGUCUAAAGGAAAAUCAUUUAAAAUUUGUACAAGAGCUGAUGAUCAUGCAUGCUCCAAUUCAGUUUCUAAUACGGCAGCUGCUGAUCAUACUAUCUAUUUUAACAAAAAUAUUGCAAAUUUUGCAAAAAAUGGAUGUAAAUAA